UGCACGCUAUAUGUAUGUGUUCAAACUAUCGUAUUUUUGUUGAAUUUUCUUAUUUAGACUAACAAUUAAUCGGAGUUCGGGGCAUUAUAUUAUGCCAUAACUUUUAAUGCGUGAAUUCCAGUUGAUAAUUCUCUAACUCGAACCAUAAAUUUCAUUUAGUCUAAUAAAUAACAACCAAUAAUUUUUAUUCAUCAAAAUAUAUCAAAGUACAUAAAACAAGUGUGCACGCGAGCGUAUAGUAAUAGCUAGUGUAUAUCAUGCUCAACUUAAAGCUUGUUAACCGGCCUACCUAAACAUAUUAAUCAAUCUCAUAACUCAACACUCACCACUGAAAUUAUUGAAACAAAAUUGAUGAAUGAUUGCUGAUAUAAAAGAGCCAACUAGCAUCACCAUUUAUUUCUUCAGUUGCCCAGGUGGUGGUGCGUGGAUAUGGUAGAGCCAUGCAUGCAAGUUGUUACAUAUAAUUCGUCAUAAAUUGUGCUUUUAAUGUUCUUAUCAAUCAAUCAACGCACCUAAUUUUGUUUCGUUGGAGGAUGCCUAACCUAUCGAUAUGCAUUCAAGCAAGUCAUCAAUACUUUUGUUUUUAGCCCUUUAAUAUAAGUAAGUAUAUCUCCCAGCCCAGGGGUAAUAGCUACUUAACUUACUUUAUCAAUAAUUCCAUAUCAACUAAGCCGUAGAAGAAUAAUGUCGAUCAUAGCUAUUUUGCUCCUAGUUUUUCUCUUCUUCAUAUCUCUAUGGUGCUCGAUAGCAUUUCUAUCCAAGAGCAAAAGCGCUUCCGUCGUCGAAUGGCCGGUGGUGGGCAUGCUUCCGGCCCUGCUUUGGAAUGCAACCACCGAUCUCCACGGCUUCGUCGAUCGAGUCGUGAAAGAGAGCGGCGGCACGUUCGUGUUCAAAGGGCCAUGGUUCGCCAAGCUGGACUUCGUGCUCACAAGCGAUCCGAUGAACGCCAACCACAUCUUCAGCAAGAACUUCGCCAACUACGGGAAGGGUGAAGAUUUCAUGGCCGUAUUUGAGGAGUUUUUUGGGGAAGGUAUCGUCAACACUGAUGGCGAGUCGUGGAGGAUUCAACGACAGAGGAUCCAUUCCUUCUUCAACAAGGAUGGGUUCGAAAGCUUCGUCAUGGGAACCCUCCAACGGAAAAUGGAGGGCACCUUGUUCCGAGUCCUUGAUGAUAUUUGUUCGCCACGAGGACUCGGAGAUGGUCAGGUGGACAUGCAGGACGUGGUGAGCAGGUUCAUGUUUGACAAUAACUGCAUGUGGGUCUUGGGAUUCGAUCCAGGUUACCUUUGUGUUGACAGACGUUUAGAUACCUUCUCAUGUGGUAAAGCAUACGACGACAUUGAGGAGGCGGCCAUAUACCGACUUAUCGUUCCCAGAGGUGUGUGGGAAUUCCAGAGAAGACUUGGGGUUGGAUCGGAGAAGAAGAUUAGUCAAAGUAUUAAAAUCUUGGAUGAGUUUUUAUACGAUGUCUUGAAAGCUAAGAAACAAGAGUUGCACAAAGAAGAAGGACGUCAACAACUUGAUUUCCUAACACAAUGGAUGGUAGCGGAUGAGAAAGGAGAAAGUUCAGAUAAAUUUCUACGUGAUUUUGGAGUGACAUUAGUCGCAGCAGGGAAAGACACUAUGUCUUCCGUUUUAACUUGGUUGCUCUGGCUGGUUGCGAUCCACCCUGAGGUUGAGAGAAAGAUUCUCGAGGAGUUUGAGCGAGUAGUGGUAAUGGCUACACCGGGUCCAACUCAAAGAGAAGGAGGAAGAUUAGGGUUUCCCAUAAUAACUAAGGAUGCGAUGAAUAGACUUGUGUAUCUCCAUGCAACCAUCUGCGAGACGUUGAGGUUGUACCCACCUGCACCAUUUGAGGUUAGAUGUGCAGUUGAAGAUGAUAUGCUCCCAAGCGGCCAUCUCAUUCAUAAGGGCACUAGGAUUUUGUUCUCCAUAUACUCCAUGGGAAAGAUGAAAGAGAUAUGGGGGAAAGAUUGCAUGGAGUUCAAGCCUCAAAGAUGGAUUUCGGAACAAGGAAACAUAAUCCACGUCCCAUCGUACAAGUUUUUAAAUUUUUUGGCAGGCCCAAGGUCUUGUUUGGGGAAGUCAUUGUCUUUUAUGCAACUCAAGUUCGUGGUUAGUAAUCUUUUAUGGAACUACAAGUUUGACAUGGUAGAGGGUCAACUUGUCAAGCCACUUGCGUCUAUUAUGCUGACAAUGGAAAACGGCUUGAAGAUGAGAGUUUCCAAGAGGGACUUUUAAGAAAUUUCAUCAUAAUAAUUGUGGUUUAUAAUAAAUAUUGGUAUGAGUU